AUGUCGUAUUUACCAAUAGUCUGGGUUACCAAGUCGACGCUUCUGUUUCCGGGUAUCAUUGCUAGCUGGCGAUGUAUCCAUGCGCGAGCAACAGAAUACUUGCCCAUCAAUCUGCCUGACUGGACCGAAUCUCAGCUUUCUGUUCGCGAGGCCGUUGCGAAAGUCUGCAGCAAAUAUCCAGACGAAUAUUGGCUAGAACGAGACAAUGAGCACAAGUUCCCCUGGGAGCUAUACAAUGAUCUGGCGACGAACGGGUGGCUCGGGAUCUGUCUUCCUCAGAAGUAUGGCGGUUCCGAGCUGGGUAUCUCAGAAGCUGCUGUCAUGCUGCAAACUAUUUCCGAAUCCGGCGCAGGCAUGAAUGGAGCGUCGUCAGUCCAUAUGAACAUCUUCGGCCUAGAGCCUGUUGCGAAGUUCGGCACCGAAGAACAGAAGAAGAGAUGGCUGAAGCCACUUAUUCAGGGCAAGGAACGGGCUUGCUUUGGAGUGACGGAACCCAACACCGGUCUUGACACUCUACGAUUGCAAUCAUCUGCCCGGCGAGAAGGUGACUCCUAUGUGCUUAGUGGUUCCAAGAUCUUUAUCUCCACCGCCCAGGUCGCGGAAAAGAUCCUGGUGUUGGUUAGAACUACACCUCUGGCGGAUGUGACAAAACCAAGUCAAGGUCUGUCUCUAUUCUACACGGACCUCGACCGAUCUGCUGUGCAAAUCACCGAAAUCCCUAAGAUGGGCCGGUCUGCCGUGGAUACGAACGUUUUGUUCUUCGAUGGUUGGAAGGUUCCAGCUUGCGACCUUAUCGGAAACGAAGGUGAUGGUUUCAAGAUAAUCAUGCACGGGAUGAACGCCGAGCGUAUCUUGGUCGGUUCCGAGGCCCUCGGUCUUGGGUACGCUGCUUUGCGCCGUACCUGUAACUACGCGAAUGAAAGAGUUGUCUUCGGGAAUCCAAUUGGGAAGUAUCAGGGCAUUCAGCACCCUCUGGCUGAGUGUUGGAUGAACCUCGAAAGCGCGAGGUUGAUGAUCUACUUGGCUGCGCGAAUGUAUGACGAAGGCUAUGCCGAUGGAGAGUAUGCCAACGCAGGGAAAUAUCUAGCCUCAGAGGCUGCGUUCAAGGCUGCAGAAAGAGCGGUCAUGUCUCAUGGUGGUAUGGGGUAUGCAAAGGAGUACCACGUGGAGCGGUACUUGAGAGAGGCCGUCUUGUCACGAAUCGCUCCAGUUAGUGGAGAGAUGAUCAAAAACUAUAUAGGCCAGCGCGUCCUAGGACUUCCUAAAAGUUACUAG